UUAGGGCUUGUGUGGUACAUACCAACUGACCCAUCUCAUUGUAGAAUGUGCUUUUGUUUUUAGUGGGGUUCUGAAGCCCGAGAGGGCCGGACAGAGGCCUAAACAUCUGUUUUUUCCUUUAAUACUCUCGGUGCCCAAAAUUCAGACCGUCAGCGGACUCCGGCCUUCCUCUCUCUAAGGUGGGGAGAAUCUGGCUGAAGACGUUACUCUGAGAAGGAUUUUGGAGUGCCCGAAAAGUCCGACAUGUGACCUGCCCUCCCGCUAGACUGUAGCCAGUCUUGAGUUGCCUCGCCUCAGUUUGCCUUGUCAGGAGGUCAAAGAUGAGAAGACUGCUCUUGGUAUUGCUGCACAUUUCACAAUCUUCUGCCACUUGCGGGAUACAAAACAUCAUUGUGUCAGCCCUUCCCAGAGCAGGAUUUGCCUCCGUGAAUGAGUUCCCCUGGAUGGUAUCUCUGCAAGAUUCCCACUACACCCAUCUGAUGUUUGGCUGCAUCAUAAGUGAGAACUGGAUUCUAAGCAUUGCUUCCAGCUUUCAGAAUAGGCCUAAGGUGAUUGCUGUGGUCGGCAUUGCCAACAUGAAUGCCAAAAGAAAAACCCACCCGGAGUAUUCAGUCAACACCAUCAUCACCCACGAGGAAUUCGAUGACGUCACCAUGGAGCAUAACAUCGCUCUCUUAAAAACAGAUGCAGCGAUGGAAUUCGGCGACCGAGUUAAACCCAUAUGCUUUCCGAGAAACACCGUGGCCGCAGCGGCACUGAGCAACUGCUGGGUGUCGGGAUGGAUCCGCAGUUCUACAACAGGAAAGCCCGCAACAAUGAGCGUCCUGAGGAAGCUGUCCGUGGUGGACAUUGAACGGUGUCCCUUAAGAAGAUACAAUGGGACGGCAUGUUGCAGCCAUAGAGAAUCAGAUAAUGAGUCUGGAUGUUUGGGUGAUCCAGGAAACCCCGUUUUCUGCCAGGCCCGGGAUACAAGGCAAUGGAUUUUGAGUGGAAUAUUAAAUCAUGGUGGCAUGGCCUGCUUUGGGCCAUUUCUUUAUACCGUGGUGUCCCACUACAGUAACUGGAUUUCCACCAGGACAGUGAAAGCCGGCACACCCUUGUAUCCUACUUACAGCCAGAAAAGUCCAGCUCCUCUGUCUCUUGCAAAUUCCAAAGAGAAGAGUGAAUUAGGAGAACAGAUACCUCAACCGACGGACCACUCCGAAGAGAAGAAACACUUGCAAAGUCCCAGGGGUCAGGCCAAGGCAAAAUCCCAUUCAGCUGAACCGUCGGCCUCUUUGCAAGAGAACCACAACCCUCAAGAUGGAAAGGAACAGGAGUGGAAAAAUCUGGAUGAACGAGCCAGGUCAAAAGCUCUUGCCUCUGAGCCAAUAUAUUAUGACUAUUACGGUGGGGAAGUUAUUCCCAUUUCCGGUCAUAAAGGGUUCAGUCAGCCUCAUGAACUGAGUUUGGUUGUCCUCUUGCUUGCUCUCCUUUACAGGGACCUCUAGUCACUGAGGUAAACCGUUGGAACUGGAAAAGACAGCUGGGCAGCAGGCUAGGAAUCCUCCACAUCAUUUCUACGAUUUUUUGUUUUUGUUUUUAUAGCUACGAGUCUGACUCCAGAUGUUCUGUCCUGACAUUUUUGUUGUGUCAUUCCACAUAAUAAAACCCGGAAAUCCCACAGGCA